AUGGACACCGCUCAGAGAGCCGAUGUGGGCGGCGAGGCCACGGGCACCCCCAUCAACCACUCCCAGACGCUGCUCCAGCGCUUGCAGGAGCUGCUAAGGCAGGGCAACGCCAGCGACGUGGUUCUGCGGGUGCAGGCGGCGGGUACCGACGAGGUCCGCGUCUUCCACACGCACCGCCUGCUGCUCGGCCUGCACAGCGAGCUGUUCCGGGAGCUGCUGAGGAACCAGAGCGAGGUGGCGCUUCAGGAGCCCCGGGACUGUGCUGCCGUCUUCGACAAGUUCAUCAGCAGCGGCGGCGACGCGGCGGGCGUGAGCUUCCAGAAGACCGUGCUGGUCGGGGCGCGCCAGCAGGGCCGCCUGCUGGUCCGCCACGCCUACAGCUUCCACCAGAGCAGCGAGGAGGCGGGCGACUUCCUGGCGCACGCCGACCUGCAGCGGCGCAACUCCGAGUACCUGGUGGAGAACGCCCUGCACCUGCACCUCAUCGUCAAGCCCGUCUACCACACCCUCAUCCGGACCCCCAAGUAGCCAAGCGGGGCCGGGGCGGGGACGCCUCCGGAGUGGGAAACAGACGCCUGGCAUGGGUGGCCCCCCGGGGUCUGGGAGGGGGGGGGUGGCGAAUGGAGGUGCCUACACUGGCCCCCUGGGUGGCCAGGUGCCAGCGGCCUUGGAGCUGGGGUGGAGGCCAGGUGAGGGGUGGUAGAGCAGGUGCCUGGUUUCAGGAGCUGAUUUCGCCGCUGCCUUGAAGGCCGCGCUCUUGGUUGAAUAAACCGAUGCUCAGAGA